AACGGUGUGUUCCAUUAACCAGAGAAACAGAGAAGCUCAGUUUGGAAGUAAUUGCUGUCUUUAACAACUUAUUCCAUUUUAACUCUUUAUUUGCUCAAUUAAAAAAAACUCUUUAUUGAUCAUUUAUCCUACUUAGCAUGUAUAACUGAGACAGAAAGAUAAGGAAAGACGACAAUUGGCUGAGAAAUGAGCAGCCCCUUGAGAGUGAGUUUGGGCAUCCCCAAGGCUUUGCAUCGUCUCUCUCCUCCCAAUCAUCAUCCAUUCUCCAUUUCUUGUGAACGAAAAACAUCCCACCAUAGGAAACAGGUUUCGAAAUGCACAAGCAGAAUUCUUGGUCUGGCCCUUCAAGUUGGAGGAGUGUUGGCAACUGUAGCAGAGCCUGCUUUUGCUGUUACUGGUGUGAAUGAAGGUGAAGAUUUGGUGUGGAUUCUGAUUCAAUCUGGGAUUUCAGCUUUCUUCUACUUCCUUGUGGUUCCACCCAUCAUCAUGAACUGGCUGAGAAAAAGAUGGUACAAGAGGAACCUACUUGAGAUGUAUGUGCAGUUCAUGUUCGUUUUCCUCUUCUUCCCGGGAGUGCUGCUUUGGGCACCAUUCCUCAACUUCAGAAAAUUCCCACGAGAUCCAGCAAUGAAGUAUCCGUGGUCUGUACCACAAAAUCCUUCAGAGAUCAAGGGUGGAUUCUUGAAGUAUCCUUGGGCUAAACCUGAAGACUAUGAAGUAUGAAUACUAUACCCUAUUUAUUUCAUGUAAACCAAAUCCAUCCACAAUUUCAUUAUUUAGCCUCAACGUCUUUGGUCUCCUCUCUACAUGUAAAUGAAACAAAAUAACAACAUAACCGUUCCACUCACAGAAACGAUUCUGUUACACAA